AUGUUGACACUCACUGUAGGCGUGCUCGCCCUUCAAGGCGGGUUUCAAGAGCAUCUUGAACUCGUACGGAGAGCUGCCUCAUCGCUCGAAGCGGACUCAACGCCAAGCCUACAUUCGCACACCAUCACAGCCACCGAGGUUCGCACAGAGGAGCAGCUCCGCCACUGUGAUGCCCUCAUUAUUCCUGGAGGAGAGAGUACCGCGAUCUCGCUGGUAGCCACACAGUCCGGCUUGAUGGAACCUUUGAGAGACUUUGUCAAAGUGAACCGAAGGCCGGUCUGGGGGACCUGUGCCGGCGCAAUUCUGCUUGCCGAUGAGGCCAAUGCCACCAAGAAGGGUGGUCAGGAGCUCAUCGGCGGCCUUGGUGUGCGUGUGCACCGAAACCAUUUUGGCCGCCAAAUCGAGAGCUUCGUCGCCGAUCUCGACCUACCAUUCCUGUCGGGGGGUGAAGGUGGCUCGAAAACGGCCACCCGUCCUUUCCCAGGCGUCUUCAUCCGCGCGCCGAUCGUUGAGGAGAUCCUCAGUGCGGACAACCAGCCGAGACCGUCGGUUGAGGUACUCGCCGUACUGCCUGGGCGCAAGUCCAAAGCCAGUGGCGUCGCCCAGACCGCGGAAGACGACUCAGUCGGCGACAUCGUUGCUGUUCGUCAGGGGAAUAUUUUCGCCACGAGCUUCCAUCCCGAACUGACUGACGACAUUCGCAUUCACGCCUGGUGGUUGAAACAAAUCCUUGCUGGCCGACAACAAAAUCAUGCGCUAUAG